CACACUCAAAGCUAAAAUGGAUUCCUUUUACCUUCUACUUCUCCUCCUCCUACUCCCUGUUCUCUCUCUGUGGCUUCUAAAAGGAAGAAAUAAGAAUGCCAAGGGACUUAACCUUCCUCCCUCUCCUCCUGGUCUCCCUAUCAUUGGCAACCUCCAUCAAGUGGGCACCUUACCUUACAGAUCAACAGAAGAGCUCGCUAAGAAAUAUGGCCCUGUAAUGCUCUUACGCUUGGGUUUUGCUCCAACAGUGUUCGUCACAUCACCAGAAAUGGCGAAAGAGGUUUUGAAGAACCAAGAUGCCCAAAUGUGCAACAGGGUUCGUCUCGAAGGACCAAGAAAAGUUUCGUAUGAUUUCAAAGACAUUGCUUUCACUCCCUACGGUGAAUGGUGGAGGGAAGUCCGGAAGAUUAGCAAUCUCGAACUUCUAAGCCCUAAAGCAGUUCAAUCUUACCUAUAUGUGAGGGAAGAAGAGAUUGCCCAUCUCAUGAAUUCCCUUGCUGAAGCUGCUUCAACUCCUGUUGAUCUCUCUGAAAAGGUUUUUAAACUCACAGACACCAUGAUUUGCAGGAUUGCUUUUGGUAAAUCUUAUAAAUCCAGGGGAUUCGAUAGUGGUAGGUUUGCACAAGCAGUUCAUGAUGCCAUGUCUGCCAUGAGCAAUUUUGCCGCUUCGGAUUUCUUCCCUUAUUUUGGAUGGAUCAUUGAUAGACUUACUGGACACACUGCAACGAUCAAUAAGGUUUUCAGCAAUUUGGAUUCUUUCUUUGAUAUUGCAAUUGAAGAUCAUCUCGACCCCAAUAGACCCAAACCCGAACGCGAAGACAUCAUCGAUGUCUUGCUUCGAUUGGAAAGAGAUCAAUUCAGUCGCAUUCGCAUCACCAAAGAACAUAUUAAGGGAGUUCUAAAGGAUGUAUUCUUAGGUGCUGUAGAUACAAGUGCUAUCACCAUGACAUGGACCAUGACAGAGCUUGCUAAGAACCCUAAAGUGCUGAACAAGGUUCAGGAAGAGAUAAGGUGUUACAUUGGAAGUAAAGGGAAAGUGGAAGAGAGUGACAUAGAAAAUCUUCCUUACUUCAGGGCAGUAGUGAAGGAGUCAUGGAGAUUACAUCCACCAGUACCAAUUUUAAUUGCUAGAGAAACAAUGGCUGAUUGCAAGCUAGAAGGGUAUGACAUUCCCAAUAAGAUGAGACUUCAUGUUAACAUUUUUGCAGUGAAUAGGGAUCCAAGGUACUGGAAGAACCCAGAGGAGUUUAACCCAGAGAGGUUUAUGGAGAACCCACUUGAUGUUAAAGGGCAUAGCUUUGAGUUCUUACCAUUCGGGUCGGGUCGGAGGAUUUGCCCCGGAAUGAAUAUGGGAAUUGCAAAUGUGGAGCUUAGUCUUGCAAAUCUUCUUUACAGCUUUGAUUGGCAACUGCCCAAGGGAACAACAAUUGAAGACAUCAACAUGGAAGAGUUGUUCCCUCUUACUCUCAACAAGAAGACACCUCUUAUGUUAGUGCCUAUACCCUAUAACUGGCAGAAGACCUGAGUUGUACUGAGGGUUUUCUUCUUCUACAAUGUAAACAUUGUGUUUUUCUC